AUGAUUGAACAAUUAGGCUUAAUUUUCCUUACACUAAUACCUCUUGGAUUAGUUGUUCUAUUUAGUAUUUGUUUGUUACGUUCAUUCAAAAUGGCGCCUCGGAGUGAGAAUGAAAAACAUUAUCAAGAUCCAGUGACAAAAUCACGACAACUAUUUCCAUCACUCAAAGAUACACAUUCCAAAUAUCUUUCUGUAAUUAUUCCUGCUUAUAAAGAAGUAGAUCGAUUGCCGACUAUGAUCCGAGAUACAAUGGACUAUAUAGAACAACGUCAGGCUAAAGAUGCAUCGUUCACUUACGAAUUGAUUAUAGUCGAUGAUGGAAGUCCAGAUAAAACUAGUGAAGUUGCAUUAACAUAUAGUGCACAAUAUGGAACAGACAUAGUUCGAGUAUUAACCCUAGAUGCAAAUCGUGGUAAAGGUGGUGCUGUUAGAAUGGGUGUUUUGAGUGCUCGAGGUCAAUGGAUUUUAUUUGCUGAUGCAGAUGGUGCAACCCAAUUUAGUGAUUUUCCAAAACUUGAAAAAAGUGGACAAGCAGCAAUGAAAAAUAAUGAUGUUGUUGUUUGUGGUUCAAGAAGACAUUUAGAAACAGAAUCUGUUGCAAAAAGAUCAGCAUUUCGUACAUUACUGAUGUAUGUAUUUCAUUUUGAAGUUUGGCUAUUUGCUGUGAAAUCUAUUCGUGAUACUCAGUGUGGUUUUAAAUUAUUUUCACGGCAAGCUGCAGAAAAAAUUUUCACACGAAUGCAUGUUGAACGAUGGGCAUUUGAUGUUGAACUUUUAUACAUUGCCGAAAAAUUAAACAUUCCUAUUCUUGAAGCUGAUGUUAAUUGGCAAGAAAUUCCAGGUUCAAAACUCGAUCCAUUUGCUGCUUCAUUACAAAUGGGCAUUGACAUCUUAGCUAUUUGGUUUCGAUAUAUAUUAGGAAUUUGGACCAUACAUCGUAAAAAAGAUUAA